GAGCAGAAAUGUCAUAUUCUUGAUCAACUCCAAAAAUGUACACAACUUCGAGCUAGGAUAUUAUUUUCCUGUGUUAUUUGUUUAAUUUCUUCGGUGGUGUUUGCAUUGUAUUGAAACGGUUGUUUAUCUACCCCUCUUCGUUGAUUCCCUCGACUUGUGUGUCGGAAAAAGCUUGUCCGUCCAGCACAAUUGUGGUCAGUAUGUCCCGUUACAAUCAAUCGAGCCCUGGUAGCUAUGCUCAGACGUAUAAAUUAGUCGUAGUGGGAGGAGGUGGUGUCGGAAAAUCAGCAAUCACUAUACAGUUUAUACAGAGUCACUUUGUAUCGGAUUAUGACCCCACCAUCGAAGAUUCCUACACCAAACAAUGCGUUAUCGACGACAUUCCGGCGAAGCUAGAUAUUCUAGACACUGCCGGACAGGAAGAAUUCAGCGCCAUGCGGGAACAAUAUAUGCGCUCCGGUGAAGGAUUUCUGCUCGUGUUCGCCGUGACUGACCACGCAAGCUUCGAUGAAAUGUACAAAUUUCACAAGCAAAUACUACGCGUGAAAGACCGCGAUGAGUUUCCGAUGCUUAUGGUUGGUAAUAAAUCGGAUCUCGAUCAUCAGCGUGUGGUACCAUUGGACGAGGCCCAACAGCUUAGCAGACAAUUGAAAAUUCCGUACAUCGAAUGUAGUGCUAAGCUGCGAAUCAACGUGGAUCAAGCCUUCCAUGAGCUAGUUCGUGUGGUGAGGAAAUUUCAGCUUUCAGAAAGACCACUUAUCGAUGAAAAGGGUAAACGAAAGGGUGGGAAAAAGAAAUGUUGUAUCCUAUAAUGAACGUCAAUAUUGAUGGUUGUUACAGCACAAUAAUAUCGCACAGAAACAGUUUACGCCGACGAAAACAAAUGCUGGCUAGUGCCAUUAACGAGUACAAUUAACAGCUGCUUUCGAAUAAGAGGAUAAAUCUCCUUAACUGCCGUACUUCUUUUUAAAAGAAACAUUCAAAAUGUGUUUGACAAUACGUUAAUAACUCGAACGACUAAAUGAAAAAAAAAAAUCUGUUGACGUGACGUGCCAUAUAUUUGUGAAUGAUACACAUAUAUUGAACGACAAAUUAUUUCUAUGUUUCUACUAACAUCCUCAAUUAACAUUUCGAAAUCUGAAACGGUAGUGUAUCGGAAAAAAUACUUUUAAACCCAAUACUUCUCAUCAGAUUUUACAAACAGGAAAUGUUACAGUAAACUAAAGAUUUCACAUACAAACAUCUGAAAAAACAAGAAAUACACAUUUACUUUCAAACAAAGAAAUAACAUAUUUACUUUGUUUAUGAGACUUAUGCAUAGCCGAAUAAAAAAUUAUUCAUUGUCAAUCGAAGUCAAGGUACACCGAAUAUCAAAUAUUCGUACAACUCAAUACGCUCUGAUACGGAAUUGAAACAAAGCAAAGGUAUUGACGAUAAAUUAAUUGUUUUAACAAUAAGAAAAUUAAGAAUGAUCACAACACGAAACACGCGAUGUCACAUCAAUAUUAACCAAAAUAACUAGCUUUAAAUGUGCUUGGAAUUGUUGAAAACAAAUACUAAUCGAAAUUGUGCAAAAUCGAAACCGGGAUGACGAGCCGAAGGAUAUCCUUAUUUUAUUUUGUAACGGUGCUACUAAAAACAGGUUUUAUUCAGUUACGUAUGUUUCGUUUAAAUGUAUUAUCGAAAGUUUGAAUAUUUAUAAAAUAUACAUAUUUGAAUAUAACGAACAGAGAG